GCUCAGUGGACUAAAGGCCCGGGAGGAUUCGCAGGAGGUUAGAAACGACAAGUGGUGUAUGGGAAUCUCAAAGAUAAGAACAUGUCAGUUUUGUUGUCCCUGUCCAGCUAUUUAAGUAAUGACCAGAUAUUUCCUUUGUAACACCAAAUAUCGGUUGAUCCUGGGAGAUGAAGAAGUAUCUCAUCCCAAUUGGCAAUCUGCUUUGUCUCUGAAAAGAAAAUUUUUGUUGUAACUCAGUGAAGUCAACCGGAACCAGGGUGCUGAGAGCACACCAGAGAAUUUGUUCACUGGAGAUUGGGUCUUCAACUGCAUUGAUUGUACAAGGGACAUCUGACUUGCUGAAUUACAAGAGAAUUGAUAGGAGAGAGAGAUCAUUCUCCUUCUUUCAGUGUGGGUAGGAAUUCAGUCACUGGCCCAUCCGUAGAAGCGCCAGUGAGUUCACAGUGGGGAGAGGCCAUUCGCCUGCUUUAUGUAUAGGAGGGGAUCUAUGAUGUCAUCGAGCCUGAAGAUACAUCAGCAAGUUAACUCCAUAGUGCGAUAUCUGAUUCACCUGUGCUGACUGUGGGAAGCGACUCAUUCCGUCAUCCAAGCUGAAGGUACAUCAGGAAUUUCACACUGGGGAGAGGCUGUCACCUACUCAGACUGUGGAAAGAGUAACAGUCACUCAGCCCACCGCAGACACAACAGUGAGUUCACAAGGGAGAGAGACCCUUUAACUGUUCCGUCUGUGAGAAGAGAUUCAUUCAGUCAUCUGACCUGCUGACACAUGAGCGAGUUCACACUUGAGAGAGGAGGAACAUUUGCUCUGAAUGUGGGAAAGGAUUGGCUAAGUCAUCCCACCUAUUGACACCCCAGUUGGUUUACACUAAGUCCAUUUCCCUGCUCAGACUGUGGAAAGGGAUUCAUUUGGUCAUCUGACCUAUUGGCACACCAGUCAGAUUACACUGGUAAGAUGCCGUUCACCUGCUCAGACUGUGGGAAGGGAUUCACUCAGUCAUCUCAACUGAAGGUACAUCAGCGAGUUCACACUGGGGAGAGGCCGUUCACCUGCUCAGAUUGUGGGAAGGGAUUCACUCAGUUAUCCCACCUACAGACACACCAGCGUAUUCACACAGGAGAGAGGCCGUUCACCUGUUCUGUAUGUAGGAAGGGAUUCACUCAGUCAUCCCAACUACUGGCACACCAGUCAGUUCACAGUGGAAAAAUGCGAUUCACCUGCUCAGAAUGUGGGAAGGGAUUCACUCGAUCAUCUGACCUACUGGCACAUCAGCGAGUUCACACGGGGGAGAGACCAUUCACCUGCUCAGACUGUGGGAAGGGAUUCACGCAGUCAUCUCAACUAAAGGUACAUCAGCGAAUUCACACCGGGGAGAAGCCGUUCAUCUGCUCAGACUGCGGGAAGGGAUUCAUUUCAUCAUCUCAACUGAAGGUACAUCAGCGAGUUCACACUGGGGAGAGGCCAUUCACCUGCUCAGACUGUGGGAAGGGAUUUACUAAGUCAUCUCAAUUACUGGUACACCAGUCAGUUCACACUGGGGCAAAACCGUUCACCUGCUUAAACUGUGGGAAGGGAUUCACUCAGUCAUCUGACCUACUGGCACACCAGCGAGUUCACACUAGAGAGAGGCCAUUCACCUGUUCAGACUGUGGAAAGGGAUUCUCUCACUCAUCCAACCUACAGAGACACCAGUUAAUUCACACUGGGGAGAGGCCGUUUACCUGCUCAGACUGUGGGAAGGGAUUCACUCACUCGUCCAACCUACAGAGACACCAGUCAAUUCACACUGGGGAAAAACCAUUCACCUGCUCAGACUGAUGGCAGGAAUUUUCUCAGUCAUCCACCUUGUGUCGUACAUUGGGUGAAAAUGUUUAAAUAAGCUGCAUACUGGAUAUUUAACUAUCGCAUUUGCUAACUCCAGAUGUUCACCUUUAAUGAGACUGGAGUUUAAUAUUCCAGACCUGUGACAAAUAAAUCAGCUCUAUUUUAAACGCUGUCUCGGGUACCUAGUGAAUCUACAACACACCCUGUGGCAGUUGGGAGUCAAUUCAGCCCAACUGGACCUGGCAGUGUUUCUGUUCCACAACAGUCCUUUUAAAUCCAUCCCUUCUUUCCAUCUCUCGUACUCUCUGUGGUGAGAUCAUUAGCUCUCUGUGCAUGAAGAGGUUUAAUUUGAAUUUCCUGCAUGACUUUAUGCAGACUGAAGAAGACAAUGAGCUGAGUGCACUUAACGUCUGACAUGUUCUCUGUCCCUCAAAUCUCUGGGCUGAGGAAGAACGACACAGGUAGUUAACCUCCUCCUUCCCUGCUCAUUUCAACGUUGUGUGGUCAUUUUCUCUGCUUCCAAAGGACUGUACCUCACACAGCUGGGUUGUUGGAAUAAACCACUGUCCUCUAAUGUGUGAAAGCAGAAUGGAGAGCUAUUAGUUGGAUGUUCAAUAGAGCAGGGUCAGAAACCAGGGACUGUAGGAAACCAGCACAGGGCAGAGUUUAGGGUUGUGGACAGAGCAUAUGAUGAGGAGCAGGGGUCGUGGCAACGAAUGACAGAGUAGCAACAUUUGGUAGCUGAUUGACAGGGAAAUGAAUUAUGCUGACUUUUACUGUUGACACACAAAAUGCCUGUUGACAUUGAGUUUAUUGCUUGUGGGAGCCUGCUGUGUUAAAUUGGCUACGGA